CUCAUGGCCACCACUGCAUCAUCCACGCUCUCUUCAUUAACUCCAAAUCCUACCACCCCUGUCGUCGCCGAUGACCUCGAAUGGAUCACCGCUUACCUCAUCAUACAUAGGCUCAGCUAUCCCAGCUGGAGGUAUGCCUACAUCUUCUGGGUACUCGUCGGUCUCGUCGCCAUUGGCUUUGGUGUGUGCCAUAUGCUCGGACUAAGAGGAGGCCUCCUCGGUGCAUACUGGAGUAAGUGGGCGUUGAGACGCCGGACGUGGAGGAAGAAACACUCCCUAGCCCUCGCCACAAAGCGCGGAGUCCCCCACAAGCAGCCCAUACCUCUCCCUUCCAACGCGCAGAUUCUAUGUCUCUGCGUAGUCACUAUCGUCACCAUCGUCCUAUCAUUCGUCGGUCCGGACUACGUCACUCCAGCCAACAAGCUCUGGGAAUUCAAACGAGACGCCACUUCCGACUUCUCAGUGCUGCGCAGGAGCGCUACUGAUAUCUAUCUCACAUACCAACCUCAGUAUACCAUCAACAAGUCUUGGUGGACCAUGGGUGGCAGGACAGGUCUCAUCGCAUUCGCUCUCUUACCUCUCGUCGUUCUUUUUGCUCUCAAGGCACCACCAUUCGCUGUCUUUUCCCUUCCCUUCGUUACCAACAUGCAUUUCGACAAACUCAUGUGGCUCCACCGGUGGAUUGGCCGACUCGCAUGGUUCGUGACCGCCCUGCACGUUCUUUUCUGGAGCCUCCAAUUAGCGCAGGACAAGAGACCGGAAACGAACCAAAUCGCGUACGUCUUUGCCUGGCAAUAUCCCAACUUCAUUUACGCCUGGACGGCCUUCGUCCUCAUGACCCUCCUUGUCAUCCUCUCCAUCCGGCCCAUACGCGACAGGUACUACGAAACCUUUUACUGGCUCCACCUCCUUCUUGUUCCCUCUUUUAUCAUCAUGUCUGCCCUUCAUCAUCCGCCGCUGUGGUGGUGGUGCUGGGCAGCACUUGGGAUCUGGAUGGGUGAAAGACUCUGGCGCUUUACGCGCUGGCUCUACACCAACGGCUUCGUCGGAGGCAACCCUCCGUCACUCCCCGCCACACCUGCUCAAGGCAAACCAGCUCAUAACCAGAAAGAGUCAUGGGAGAUGUACAAAGUCGACGCAGAAGGCCAUCUAGCCCGUCCUCACGAUAACCCGUUUGAAGCCGAUAGCCGCACUGCCUCACCAUACCAUUCUCACGCCGGAUCGUUGACUUCCCUCCGCCUCCUUAUGCCCUCUUCGCUAUCUCCGUCGAGCUACAUUCCGCCGCCCGGUUAUGCCCACGUCGAACUUCUGGCCGGCCGUACCAUUCGUGUCCGCAUCGUUACCUCAGGUUACCUGUCUUGGGCGCCUGGCCAACAUUUCCUUCUCUCCAUGCCCUCUAUCUCGAGGUUCAAUUCCCAUCCCUUCACUGUGGCCUCGAUAUCCGACGACCAGACGACGACGGACGACGGCCGUGUCAUACUGUUUUUGAUUCGAGCGAAAGCCGGAUGGACGAAGGAUCUCUGGGACACCGUCGUGAAACUCAACGCUACGAACAAGAAGCACCCACGAAACGAAGUACACCGCGGGACGCCCCUUCCUUCCAUAGGUGUUUUAAUGCGGGCAUGGGUAGAUGGACCGUUUGGAUCCUCCGCUCGAACGAACUGGGGUACUUUCUCCAGCGUUUUGAUCGUAUCGGGAGGUUCUGGAGUGAGCUUCGGCUUGUCCGUGCUGGAGUACCUCUGUCUUUGCAUGGCCGGGCGAGACGGCAAAUACCUCGGCGGUAACACUGGUUGGGGCAAGACGCCUACGCGGACGGAAAGGAUCAGGUUUGUCUGGAUGCUUCGUGAAUUCUCGCAUGUGCAAUGGUGCGCAAGCGUGCUUCGUCGUUGUAUGGCCCUUCUCUCUCCGGAACAUCUUCAAGUCGAAGUUUUUGUCACAAACUUCAAACCACCAGAUCCCCGACACCUCACCACUCCUUCGCCAUUAUUCACACCCAUCACGCCUAGCGACUCUGCGGGGCUUUCUCCCCCAAUCCCUAAGUUCUCCAAGGGCGGCAAAUCAGGUCGUCGGAACAGCAUCGAUGCAUCCAACAGCGAUGCCGAUGAGCCAGACGCGACCGAAGAUGCCGUCGAAGCCUACGUCGAUCUCAGCUACUAUCACGAGUACAUCGAAGGUCAAGACAUGGGCUCGGCAGAGGACGACCAACACGUUCUCGAUUUCACCAACUUCGACGGAGACGUCGACGAGCGUUUACCGGGAGAGACGUCAAUGAACCUUACGGUACGGAAAGAGGGCCGAAAACGACGAGCGCUGUCUCGGCGAAAGUCGCAGCUGUUCCCUGGUGGCACGGUGCCAUCGCCUUUUAGAAACUCGUUUACGCCAGACGACCCUUCCUCCUCCUUCUCGCCUACUCACAUCGGGAAGAGAUCCGAUAGCUCAGAGGCUACUCUCCGCCCACCGUCCCAUCUUAAUCCGAACAGUAUGACACUACCCAAACACACUUCGGUGUCAUUCGAUGUCCCACCUUCUCCGCGCGGUCAUCCCCAAGCCGCCUCAGAAAUAUCACUGCUGUCUCCACGUUCCGGCGCGACGAGUCCAGGUCCAGGUCGACCUCAGCUUGCGAUCCAACCCGAUUGGGAUGCGAGGUCGUUGACGUCGGAUGCGGGCAGCGUACACGCGCUCAUGGGUCUUCAUGUCGGAGAGGGAGCGAACGGACAGCAGGUGAAGCUGCAGGUCGAGGAUGGGGAGCUGGAGGAUAUCAGUAUCUUGGCAGAGUUUGUGCGGCCUGGACGACCGAGGCUGGAUAUGAUUCUCAAGGACGAGGUGAAGAAGGCUAAGGGUGCUAUGGCUGUCGCAGUGUGCGGGCCAACAACUCUCAAUGCGGUGAUGCGGAAGUGCGUGGCUGCUCAGAUCGAUCCUGACCGAAUACGGAAGGGAGAUAUGGGCGGGUCUAUUACGUUUGUUUCGGAGGAGUUUGGCUAUUAGUAUUGAUCAUUUUUCUACCAUGCACAUCACCGCGCUUUCAUUACCCUUGUCUUGUCGUUCUCCCCCUUGUCCCUCCCCGUCCCUCCGUCCGUUGUUCCCUUGCACCUUCCAAUCUCAUGGAUUCACCUGUCUUUCCUUCUUGAGCUACCGGACUAUGGCACGACGACGGACCGUUGAUAGUUUACAUAUAGAUAUCCUCGUAGUCUAAGUAGUGACAUACUAUCUGCCUUACAGCUGUAUCAGUAUAUUGACCUUUUUUUGCACUGUUUCUAAUAGGUACAUACAUCAGAGCUACUUAUAUGGACUCGACCCACGCAUACCCUCUUUCCUUUUUAUCAG